UUAUAAAUAGAUAUACCUGGACUGAGGCUCGUAAUAGCUUCAUAUGUAAGAUCGUGGCUUAUCAUUUCUUUGCCAGAAGCGGAUAUGAUUUUAUUGUGUACAAGCAAGAGGUUCAGACUGGAUGCAAUUUACGAAGCGCUAUAUUCACUUUAACAUUUGAAAAGAUGUUGUUCCGUGCCUUACCUGUGGUAAUGAUGGUGCUUACGACCUUUGCAGCGCAUGUUACGGCAGGCCGAUUGAGCAGAGUAGAGAGCCAACUCAUAAAAGUUAUGGCGAAAAUGGACACUAUGGAUGCAGACAUCCGAUCAUUGGUCACUAAGGUAAAAGAGAUUGAAGUACAAUCAACUUCCAAAGCUUCCGAAAAUACUAGAACUUGUAUUCACAAGACUGACUAUACACCAGGACAAGUUGGAAAACAAUAUGAACUUAAACAACUUAAAAGUACCCUUGGAAUGUACCAACAUUCAUUUGCCAAACACAAAACGGAAUUCUUGGCAAUAAAUAAUGUUAUCAAAGACACUUUGGUUGAAUUUCGUGAAAAUGCAUCAACAACUGUAACAAAUUUAGUUAAGACUGUCACUGAACAUGUCAAAACAAGUUCAGAUAAUAUAGCUAUGACUUUGGAAAACAUAUCUAAAUCAUCAGCUAAUAGUGAGAGUACAUUGCGCUCUGAAGUGUUGAAUUAUUCAAAAAACAUAAAUGCUGAAAUUCAGAAGAACUUGGACAAGCAACUACAAAUGACAACAGAUGAAAUGAACAAUACAAUGACGGGACUGAUUGACAGAGCAAAUAAAGUUGUUGACAUCAUUGACGAAAGGAGAUCUACUAUUGAGGAUAAUAUAUUUGGCGUCAUCAGUACACUUCACGACCCCUGGAGUGACUGGUCAUCGUGGUCUGAUUGUUCGAGGACUUGUGAGUUUGGCACUAGGACAAGGCACAGAACCUGCAAUGCCCCACCGGCCGUAGCUGAUGCAAUAUGCAUUGGAAACGCUACGGAGACAGAAGAAUGUCACAUUUGCCCGUUUCACGACCCCUGGAGUGACUGGUCAUCAUGGUCUGAUUGUUCGAGUAUUCGUGAGUUUGGCACUAGAACUAGGCACAGAACCUGCAAUGCCCCAACGGCCAUAGCUGAUGCAAUAUGCAUUGGAAAUGCUACGGAGACAGAAGAAUGUCACAUUUGCCCGUCCGACUGUCAAGGCCUUUUAAAGCUAGACGCCACUUUGCCGUCGGGCGCAUACGACGUCACAUUGGACAGUGGAGAGAAAGUAUCCGUAUACUGUGACAUGGAAACAAGCGGUGGAGGGUGGACGGUCUUCCAGCGGCGAUACGAUGGAUCGGUAGAUUUUAACAGAAGCUUCGCGGAAUACGAGAAUGGGUUCGGUUCUUUAGAUGCAGAGUUUUGGUUAGGAUUAAAAUACCUUCACGACAUGACAAGAAAAGAAAAUAUGACGUUACGUGUGGACGUGAGAGGUACAGGAUAUAGAAGUAAUGCUGGUUACGAUGUUUACUCUGGUUUCUACAUCACAUCUCCGGAUCGCUACGAGUUCUACGUCUCUGAGAGAAUCGAAUCGUCAAACAUGCAAAGAAGUUAUACCCUGUCACAGACAGGCGGAACAUCGUUCCCAAACCAUCGACCGUUCUCGACCUAUGACCGGGAUAUGGACAAUCCGGAUAUGGACAACGAUUAUAUAAAUUACGAUGACUGGAGUAACGAUUUUAACUGGAAUAGGCUCUAUGAUUAUUCGAAGGAGACCAACUGCGCUAAGACUGUAGGAGGUGGUUGGUGGUAUAGUUCUUGUAACGGAAACCUGAAUGGACGAUUCUUUAGUAAGCACUUUACUUAUAAACCCCUUCGUGGACCUUCCUAUUAUUCCUAUUUAAGGACAUCUAGUAUGAUGUUUAGACGUAGGUCCUAGUAAUCUGAACCUUACUACUCCUACUAAAUGCUUUUUUGGUGUUUUCAUCUUAUGUGAUAACCUACGUUAUACUAGUUCAUAAGAAGUACAUAUGCUUUCUUGUUUGGAUCUAAUAUUUGCAAUGUUAGUUUGCCAUUAGUUGUAUUCAAACAGAGCAAAUGUAGAAGACUAUGUGAUCUGAGUUUAGUUUGAUAAUGUAAAAAUAGCGUAAAUAGUAUAUCCAUUUUAUUGCAGUUGAUAGUUAUAUGUUUGUAAAUCGUAAUCAAUAACUAUUUUAAUUCAGUUGAUUAUGAUAUGUUUGUAAAGCGUAAAGAAUAAAUAUUUUAUUUCAGUUUAUUUUAACAUUGUUUGAACUUUGGAAAACGAUUUAAAAUAUGUUAAAUUCAUUGAUCCAUGUAGGCAGAGCUAUUACUUAAAUUGUUAUUUUGCUGUGUAUAAGCUAAUAUCAUAAGUGAAUUAAAUGAACUGAUACAACUUUUUCCGUUAAUCAUAGUGUUAUUAAAAAUUCACCUUUCACAGAAAUAACAAAAUGCCAAUCAUGUACGAUUUGCCUUUCAUUGAAACGUACAAAAGGCUAAAUGUUUAGACGGUACAAUACGUGUGCUAUUUAUUUAUAUUUAUCUCACUGAUCGAAAUUAAUAAAUGUACGAUAAACAUGUA